AUGAGGACGUCUUACUCUGUUACAGGGAAAGUAGCAGAACGUGUUUUAGUAGAAGAGGCCAGAGAUAAACUUUCUAAUGACCUUCUGCAUGUCAUGUGUAUCUUAUUUACCUUGUUUGCAUACAUUAAAUAUAGAAAAUAUGGGGAGAUAGAGAUUAACAAACUGUAUAAAAAGCAGCUUUUUCUUCACCCAACAUCCAUUGUCAACAUGAAGUUCCUUCUGAUCUGUAUGCUCCUUGGAGCAGCUGACAUCUCACCCUGCUUAUUCCUCCUUUUCUCAGCUGCAUUGGAUGAUGAUAAGAUCGUAGGAGGUUACACCUGUGGUAAGAACGCUCUUCCAUUCCAGGUGUCCCUGAACUCCGGUUACCAUUUCUGUGGUGGGUCCCUGAUUAACAGCCAGUGGGUUGUGUCUGCUGCUCACUGCUACAAAGCAAGCAUCCAGGUCAGACUGGGAGAACACAACAUUUUUGCCAGUGAAGGCACUGAGCAGUUCAUCAACUCUGCCAAGGUCAUCAGACAUUCUGGUUACAACUCCUGGACCCUGGACAAUGACAUCAUGCUCAUCAAGCUCGCCUCUCCUGCUACUCUCAACUCCUAUGUGAACUCUGUGGCUCUGCCCUCUGGGUGUGCCGCCGCUGGCACCAGCUGUCUGAUCUCUGGCUGGGGAAAUACUCUCAGCAGCGGAUCCAACUCCCCAGAUCUCCUGCAGUGCGUGGACGCUCCCGUUCUGACUAGUACCCAGUGUAGCAAUGCCUACCCCGGUGAGAUCACCAACAACAUGAUCUGUGUUGGAUAUCUGGAAGGAGGCAAGGAUUCCUGCCAGGGUGACUCCGGUGGACCUGUGGUGUGUAACGGACAGCUGCAGGGUAUUGUCUCAUGGGGCUAUGGCUGCGCUCUCAAGAACUAUCCUGGUGUCUACACCAAGGUCUGCAACUACGUCUCCUGGAUCCAGAACACCAUCGCUGCCAACUAAACCAUACUUUAUAUUUCUUCUCUCCUUACUAUACAUCUUAAGUUGG